CAAGUCAACCUCUCGUCCUGUUGCAGUUUUCGGCCGGACUGCAGUACGCGAAGGAAGAAGGGAGAGGAGAAGCAUUAUAAGGUCAGGAUCAUGAGCCCUGCCCACAAGCUUUUGCCUGUGCGACGGUACUGUUCCAACGAUUGCCAGGUUGUCGGCCAUGUGCUGCUGCAGUCGUCAGAUUCGUGCUGUCUGCGCACGGAAAUGAGGUCCCGGGGCAGAUUCAAAGUGAUUGCUGGCUUGUUUUAGCGGCCGUUGCAGUGUUUGUUUAAGCUUAUUAGCUGCGCCCGCAAUGUGCAAUGUGGGCUUCCGCGGUCUUGCGUCGUCUCUCGUCGUCGCAACACACAUCGCUAGAGCUUUCGAUGGCGACCUCUUCCUGCCAGCAUCUGCCGAAGGCGCCUCGCCCCGAUUUUUCCAACUACCCUUCCUCCGGAUCAUCGUACAAGGCCGUAUCGGAGUCUCCGUCUUCGCUUUCGUUACCGGCUACGUUUGCGCUCUCAAGCCCAUCAAGCUCUCCCGCCAGGGAAACCAGGAGAACGCCUUCGCCUCAAUCUCCAAAUCAGCACUACGAAGAGUGCCCCGCCUCGUGAUCCCCACUGCGUUCGCAACAUGCAUCAUUUGGGUCAUGGCUCAACUGGGCCUUUUCCUGGUGGCCAAGAGAAGCGACUGUUGGUGGUGCGGCGCCACUGCCCCCGACCAAGUACCGCACCUGGGAGACGCCCUCUACAGCUUGUUCUACAACAUCAUCACUACCUGGACUAAUGGCAGGAAUGCCUACGACGGCAACCAGUGGACUCUGCUUCCUCUGUUGAAAGGAAGUUUCUGGGUCUACGUCUUCAUCCUGGGCACUGCUUAUUUGCAGGCCAAAUACCGAAUGAUGGCCUCACUGUCCAUGUUUGCCUACUUCUGGAUAGGAUCUGAUUCGGCAUUUGGAAUGCAGUUCUUUUGGGGCGUCUUUUUGUGCGACCUGGCCAACCACCCAGGAGCCAAUGAUUUCAUCUCUGCUCGCCCACGUCUCUUCAAGUUGCUCAGCAUCUUCUUCCUCGUCACCGGCUGCUUCAUUGCCUCAUAUCCCGAGGGUCACCCGGAAUGGCAGCCAUGGUCCCAAUCGCUUUUCAACCUGCUGGUCCACAUCCUGCCAAAGGACCCCGACUUCCCCCGUUUUGGCUCAGGACUUGGCCUCGAGCUUAUCACCCUCGGCAUCCACUUCAGUCCCUUCAUCAAGGAUAUCCUAUCCGGAAAGUAUUUGCUCUGGCUGGGAAAGCAAUCGUUUGCUGUCUACUUGCUCCACGGACCCCUUCUUCGAUGGUUGUUGUGCUGGAUGGUCUACGGUCCUCGACUGCCUGCCGAUGUGGUCAACGACAAGGGCGAGACAAUUCCUGGCCAGCUUCACUUCCCCGGUACAUGGAAGCUCUUGAUGUGGCUUCCAAUCUGGCUUCCCCUGAACUAUGCAGCCGCGAAUCUCUGGACGGGCUACGUGGAUCCCUGGUGCGCUCAACUCACGGAGCAGGUGGUAUCGCACGUGAAAGAGACAUUUGACGAAAAGGAUGGUGGUGUCUUACUGCCGCACUAGAGGCGCGACAUGGCCACUCAGCCUACGUCGAGUCGC